UAACAGAUUCAGCAGGUGAAUACACAGCAGCUAGGAAGCAUCUUUGUAAAGCUUUUCAUGAGAAGGUCUUCCUCCCCUGUUAUGCUCAUCAACUCAACUUGUGUGUUGGAGAUUUGUUUAAAGAAUCAUCAAAUUUUAGUAGAGUUUCAAGCUUAGCAAUUGAUGUUAUUUCAACUUUUAGAAAAAGUACAUAUUUUAUGGGUCAAUUACGCACUGAACAAGAAUCAAUUUACAGAGGAAAAUAUGUUCAUUUAUCACUACCUUGUGACACAAGACGGAAUUCAUUUUUUCAUAGUUAUUUUAAUUUGUUAAAAACAAAAUCUGCACUUAAAUCUUUAGUAACUAAAUUGAAUCCAGAAGACACUUUUAUUGUUAAUGAAAAUGAAGUUAUCACAUUACCAAUAAGAAUUUGUAAUAUUAUUGAAAAUGAUAGUUGGUGGUGUGAUCUAAGAGAACUU